AUGUCUGGACUUGUAGCAGGACAGGCCAUGCUGCUGCAGUUGUUGGCCGCCCUGGUGCUGGCGUGUGCCACCUUGCUCCUGUACGCCUACUUCUCCUACACUUAUUGGACUCGACGCGGCAUCCCGCAGCUUCCGAAUGCACGGUUCCCCUUGGGCCACGUUUGGCGGGCCAUAACGUUCCAGCGUUCCUUCGGCCAGGUCUGCUGCGACCUCUAUUCGGGAGUGCCAACUACGAAGCCUCUAGCCGGCGCCUACUUCUUCACGAAACCCGCCGCCGUCGUGAGGGAUCCGGAUCUUAUCAAGAAAAUGCUCGUCAAGGACUUCCAGCACUUCCACGACCGUGGCCUCUAUAUCAACGAGGACGUCGACCCGCUGACUGGCCACCUGUUCCUGCUGCCGGGGGAGCGCUGGCGUCUGCUCAGGAACAAACUCUCCCCUACGUUCACCUCAGGAAGCAUGAAGAUGAUGUUUCCGACUAUGGAGAAAUGCGGCCGUGAGUUGUUGGAAGUGCUGGGCAGCGCCGGGGAGGUGGAGUUCCGCGACGUGCUGGCUCGCUACUCCACGGACGUCAUCGCCAGCUGCGCCUUCGGAGUGGAGGCGCACUGCCUGCAGCACCCCGACGGCGAGUUCCGCUACUGGGGGAAGCGCCUGCUCAACCCCACCACCGGCGAAAUGCUCACCAAAACGUUUUGCGACAUGUUCCCUGCCAUCGCCAACAUCUUUCGGGGGUUUAAGGUGGUACAAUGUGGGCCCAGAUUUGGUUCGGACGGUCUGCGCGUGUACCUGCAGACAGAACCGGCCACGGCCUACGGCUGA